AGAGCCGAAGAUGUUGGCUCAGUCAUGGGACAUGUACACUGAUCAUCAAUGCACUGAUGAUCAGUGUUCCCUGAUGAUCUGUGUAGCCCCAGCAGUGCCAGCUGUCAGUGCCCAUCAAUGCCAGCUGUCAGUGCCCAUCAGUGCCACAUAUCAGUGCCUACCAGUGCACAUCAAUGCCACAUAUCAGUGCCCAUCUGAGCUGCCUUUCAGUGCCACCUAUCAAUGCCAGUCAGUGCCACCUAUCAGUGCUGCCAAUCAGUGCUGUCUAUCAGUGCCAGUCAGUGCCGCCUAUCAGUGCACAUCAGUGCUGCCUAUCGGUGCCUGUCAGUGCUGCCUAUCGGUGCUGCCUAACAGUGCCAGUCAGUGCCACCUAACAGUGCCAGUUAGUGCCGCUUAUCAGUGCUAGUCAGUG